AUGUCAUUCCAAAAUUUUGCACCGGAGAGGAUAUCGAGCUGGAAUUCCGUAGAAAAAACAGCGAAAUCGGAAAAAACAAGUUCAGGACCUUCGGACCAAAGAUGUAAGGAGUAUGGUGAUUGGAAAAAUUUAAUAUCUUCCAGUGCUUCCGUCUUUUGGAAAAAUGUCACAAAUAUUAAUGCUGAAUUAAAUUUCCUGAGUGAGUUCGCACAGAUAGAUUAUGAUCAAAAGUUUUUGAGGAUGCUUUCGCACCUUUCAAAAGUUGAUCAAUUAACACUACGACUGAAACAACUAUCCACCGUGAUCGAGAUAUUCAAAAUUCCACGGAACGAAGGAGAUUGGCUUGAGAUGACUAUUGGAGAUCUUGAUGCACAGGAUAUAAUCUUGGAAAAAUUAAGUUCGGUCUUUGAUUUUCUUAGUGAUCACCUAGCCGCAGUUAAUGAAGACAGUUGGAGUUUGAUUAAAGAACUUUCGAUUGCCGUGGAUUUCAUUGCAUUUUUACGCGAAAUUGCUGAUCAUGACCUUAAAAAUUUAAUCAAUGGGGUUGAUGAUGAAAGAUUGAUUCAAGAGGACACCGUUUCAUCACUUAUUCAAGUUAAACAGUUCAUGGUUCCCUUGCUGAAUGUUGCAACCACUUUUGAUUUAGACGCAUUUUUGAAGGAGUUGUGUAAGGUUGCAAGUCUUAGUCCUAUGCUGGCAAAUAAGAUUGCUUUAUGCAAUAGCAAUAACAUGGCAUUGCAAAAUAUGUAUGCGAACAUUAGCAACCGCGGUGAAGUUGCCAAGGAGAAAAUACAAAACGCCGUAAACAUCGGAACUUACAAGUUCGAGUGGUCUUCAAAAGAUCUCAAAUGUAAAGUGACAUUGUCAUACGCAAUUAAUAAAACAACCACUGUCUCGUACGACAUUAACGAUUUGCAAGACCUAAAAGGAAGGGCAUUAUUGAUAACGAAGCCCAGCGAUGCUAUGAGUAUCUCGUUGGGUGAUACUAAUAUUGGUGGUGGAUCAAAGAAAUCAAAAGAUUUGAUGGAGGAAUUCGUUCGCCAAGUUGAUAUUGUGCAAGGAAUUAUCAAUGUGUCUGAGAGAUUGAUUGAAACAGGAAAUUUUGGAUAUCGAAAGCAUAUGUCAUCCAUUAAAGGCACCGAGAAAAUGGUUCAACUUCUCGAGAAGUUACAAGCUGAUCUGAAGAAAUGGGAAAUUCUAGUGGAUAAGGCGCAGCAAAAUCAUUUUUACUUGACAUUCUUCCCUGCUCGUCACAUGUUAGAGUUCUACGACCAUUUCAUCGGAAAGUCAAGUGUCAAUACAAAUACAUGUCAAACGCUUAUCAAAUUUGUAAAUCAAAAUGCAAGACUGCCACGAAAACCUUCUUACAACAAGAUGACUGAUAGAAAAGAUGCCACUAUACAAAUUCUCAAUGAGAUUGGUGAAAAAUUACAAGCGAUUUUUGCAAAAGUUCCAAAAAGGAGACGUCCUCUAAAAGCUCCUGUAGAUCGUAUAAUUUCAGAUGUGGUUGAACGCGGAAAACUAUUCGUUGCUUCGUGCAAUGACAAAUCACGCUUACCGAAUGUCAUAAUGUCAUUGUAUGCUAAUCAUGGGUCGUAUCCCGAAGCUUGGCAACUAUUGAUUUGUACGGCUUCAACAACCUUAGAGGAACUUUCAAUAUUUAUCAAGAGAUGUUUCUUUGCAUCGAAAAAUGGAUAUGAUAAUUAUUUAUUUUGUUUAGCAAAUUUAGAAUUGCUAGAUUAUGAAUUACAGUAUAAUUUGGUGAACAAAAUUAGAUCCAUGCGAGAGAAAGAAAAUGACUAUUAUCUAGCUUUGAUAUGUUGUCCCGAGGCUGGAAUGCAUCAUCAUGUCUUGGAUCAAUUUUCCGAUUUUCGAACAACCAAGGGUCUAAGCACAGCGUCAAUGAAAAAGAUAUAUAAAGAAUUAUGUCCCCAGAUUUUCUGUGUUUCAUCGGAAUUGUCUGGACAAGGAAAAACAGAAUGGAUCAAACAAGAAAGCUUUAGGAAUAAAACAUUUCCAAAGUGUUUUCUCAUAAGCGACGAUGCUGACUAUGUCAAGUUAGUCAAGCAACUCAAAGAAUUCGUCCUUCGUCCAUUUGAAUGCAUGCACAUCAACGUCAUAUCUUCUGAUUACCCGGGAGAAGUUAAUAUGUGGUUGUUUCAGUUGUUAACUUUGCGAAUAGUAUCAAGCAACACCGAUAUUGCAUGUUUACCGAACACGCACAUUUACAUAGAAAUUGCGUCGAGUUUUGAACAGCAUCUUCUUAGAUCACUUCCGAUAAUUGAGUGUCUUCAAAAAACACACCUAGCAUGGGACAUCACAGAUUUGGUGGUCACUCAGGAAAGUAACAGUCCAGUGCAAAUCGUAUGUCGAUAUUUGAGUGCUCUUGAUUCAGAAAAUAUAGACAAAAGAGACAUAUAUAUUAAGGGACCCAUUCCAGCAUUAUCACCCAAAGAAUGCCAGAAGUUAUUGUCAAAGUAUUUUUUUGACGAUGAUAAUCUUGAAGAUGUUUCCUCAUUCAGGUUUUUAGAAAUAUUUGUCAACGUUUUCGCAUAUCAGUUGGUGCGAUUAUCUUUUAGUUCGUAUUUUCGAGUUAAGAAUUUGAAACUGAUGCUUGAAGGAGAAACGAAUAUUCGAGAAACUUUGGUGAAAACGUUACUACAAGUUUCCAAAGACUUUGCGACUCGAUCGGUGCGAACAAAAUCUGCGCAAUUAGAAGCAACUUCAAUUGAUGCAAUCGAGAAUGCCGCGCUGGGUACAAUUGUGAAUUGGGAUGACUCGAACCAUUUACUAGUGUUCUUCUUAUCCCAGACACCAGAUUCUAUUUGUGCGUUAUAUCGAGAUCAGGCAAAGGUACCUGAGGUCGUGAGAAGUUUGAUGAAAAGUCAACAUAUAGAUGAAACGAAUAAGAAAUGGAAAUUAGAAGAUUAUCAAAAGUUGAGCAUGGAAAUUCUGCUGCAAAAAUUAGAGGGUAUUGCUCGAAAAACAUUUCACCAAAUCGAUUACCCCCCAUAUGCGUUAUCCAACGACAAUUUUGAUUUUAACGAGAAAGAUUUUAGCAACAUUAUCAAGGAAGAGCAAGAAGAUUAUAUUAAUAGAAUGGUGUGUCCUCCAAAUACCGCACAAAAUGAAGCUCUCCUGGAAAAUGUACUAGUUAUGAUAGUUUGCAUAUUGACGCGAAUUCCCGUGUUUAUUAUUGGAGCGCCCGGGUCUUCAAAAUCAUUAGCCAUUAGGCUAAUAAGUCAAAAUUUAAGAGGUUCAGAUUCGAAUGACGAAUAUUUUAGAAAGUUACCUCAGGCAUGUAAUGUGUAUCUCAUUCCUCAUCAAGGUUCAUCAUCAUCAACCUCUGAUGGUAUUCUCAAAGUCUUCCAAAAGGCACAAAACUUUCAGGAAACUAGCUCUAAGGAGUUUCCAGUGAUCAGUGUAGUAUUGUUGGAUGAAGUUGGAUUGGCCGAGACAUCACCGUUUAACCCGUUGAAGGUACUUCAUUCCCUGCUUGAACCAAGCUAUCCUUCCGAUGGACCGAAAGUAUCUGUUAUAGGUAUUAGCAAUUGGCGGUUAGAUAAUAGCAAGAGUAGUAGGGCAUUAUUAGUUCAAAGACCAAAAUUCGAUACAGAGGAUUUGGUGGACACUGCAGUUCGUUUAAUUGGAAACAAAACUCAUGAUAAAAUACAAAAGAACUCAUUGCUUCCACUUGCGAUUGCAUACUCCGAGUAUGAGCAGAAGGGUCAAAAGCACUCAAACUUUCAUGGUCUCCGCGAUUACUACGCUUUGGUGAAAUCUCUUUCCAUGAACGAAUUAAUACCUGAACACAUUCAUAUGGCUUUAGCAAGAAACUUUGGUGGUACUGAGCAAUUUGCCGAAAUAUGUCAAACAUAUUUCGGUAAUGUCAUAAACACUUUCAACAACAACCAAGCAUGGGUCUAUCGUCCGAUAUCGAUCAAUAAAUUGGUUCACGCGAAUUUGGACGAUGAAGGAGCAAGGCAUUUGAUGGUCAUUGGAAAAAGCGACUCGAUAGUGAACUUGUUGACCUACGAAUUAAGACAGAAAAAUUUGAAUCCAGUAAUAAUUUUGGGGUCCCAAUUCCCGGACGACCAAGAUGAUUACUCCUACAAUGUUUUGAGUCGAAUUAUGGAUCCAAAGUAUUACACUCGAGUUGCACUUGGAGCUUAUGCAAACCCUAUGUUGUAUGUUAACAAGAACUUUAGAUGCAUUCUUGUGCUUGACGAAAAAAAUUUGCCCAAGGCCGAUCCGCCACUUUUGAAUCGUUUUGAGAAGCAAAAGAUGACCAUUCAUGACACCCUAUCGGACAAUGAAAAAGAGUUAGUUCAACAGUUAUCCUCUUGGACCAAACUGAUAUCAACCGUUGAGACACUGAACCAAAAUACCGUCUCUCAUGACAAAUUCACACAAAAAGACCUAUUCAUCGGAUUCGAGCAAGGGGAAACAUUAGAGAGUUUAGUUAUUGACACCAGGAAGAAAAACCCGGACGCACGAGAUUCGGAAAUUCUAACAAAGUGCAAAGAAUCUCUAAUUAAUAUCGCAUCAUCUGACGGAAUUGUGAGAGCAGAAAAAUCAGAAUUGAGUCUGGAUGAAGUUAGACACUGGACAAACGUUUACUUCAAAGUGCAACAUCAUGAUCAUCUGGCAGAUUAUUUCGAGGACUUGUUAACGAAUGAGAAUUUAGAACUUUAUCCGGAUGGUCAUCAAGUAAUAAUCAACACCUUUUCAAACAUAAAUACAGACGUCAAGUUGUGCCUGAAAGGUUUAAUAGAAUGCCAAGUGAUAAAGCUUUCGACAUUUAAGACUGAGGCACAGUUUCAAAAUCAGGUCAAGAAUUUUUGGUUUGAAUCUCCGAAUAGAAUGUUGAUUCUACAGUGUGAUAUAACAACUAUGAAUGCCGGGUGUAUUAAAUUAGCAAAGUUUAUAAUCGAACAAACACGAAAUGAAUAUCUGAUGAAGAAUAAAUCAGAGACUACGGGUGAUUUUACCACAAAACAUGCGUGUAUAAUUCUUCAUGUUCAUCGGGAUCAUAAAACAACGUUGAGUGCCUUUAAUUUUAUGUGCGGAUGGAGACAGGUGACAAUCGAGACUUUGAUACCACAGGAGAAGCGUUUAUCAGCCCUACUGGACGGUGAUUUGAGUGAUGUUAUUAACACAACAUAUCCGUUCGAGGAGAUUCUACAACAUGAAUUAAUAUGGUGUUUGCUAUGCAUGAAAUAUCCAUCAAAUGCUAGAUCUAUUAAUCACAUCAAAACUCUCAAUGUGAAAAUUCCUCAGAAUAAAAGUUUCGUCGAUUUCCUAAGGAUGAAAACACGCGAAUUGCUCCAGGGAAAUUAUUCGUCAAGAGGUUGGCAGUAUUACGUGGCAUCAAAUAAAAAACUUUUAUAUCCGUAUUCAUCAUUCUCAGCUGCCUUGCAAGCCUACAUACGUUCCAUCGUUCGUCAACCAAUUGCUAAAAUCCUCUGCGCCCUUGAAAGAUUAUCUGCAACGAAAACUUUCUUGUCUUUUGAUCAAGCAUCGCCACAACAGCAACUGCAACUAAGGGAAUUCUGGAGGGAAAUGUUUAACGACAAAACCAUUACAAGGAUUGAUGAAUUAUCCGACGCAAAACCCGAUGGUUAUUCGAUGCCCACUGCUGUUUACGAUUUACGAUUUCCAUUUUCCUAUUAUUUCAUGAAUCAAAUAGAUGGUUUCAAAAAGGUUUACGAAGAAGAAUUAGAUUUACUCAUGGAAGACCCUAAUAAUAUUGAUCCAGGCACCGGGAAUCUUUAUGAAUCGACAAUAGCCAAUCACAUUAAGAAUUUGAGUAACAACAUCGCUUCAUCAUUGAAGAAUAUCAAAGCAUCUCCACUGGAAUAUUUUCCAGAGUUGUACUUUGAAGAUUUUGUGUCCAGGAUUUGUACGGAUGACUCAAGUGUAAAAUAUGUCCCGCUCAUGUCCUACAUACUACGAUGGAGACUCGGUUCAGAGAAAAUAUACAACCCGAUCAUUCUUCAUACACACUGGUGGAAGCAUUCCGCAUCAAUUAUGACGGAAUUUCGUUUGGCACAAAUGUGUCCGCCGAUUGUCAAGGAGACCUCGUUGAAAAAUGGAAAUCUUUUAAAUAUCUCCUUUGAAGAUUAUCUCGUCGAAGAGAUCAUCAAGAUGAUGAACAAAAAGUUGAGUGAAAUUAGGUCUACGAACAAAGCCCAUAUUCCACAACUUAGAAAUUGGCUACGCGAAGUUUCAGUGAUCUCUGCCCUGUGUGAUAGAUUGACCGAGGUUUCUAACUUUUCGGCAUUGCACUUGUUGCAAAUGUGCAACGAUUUUGUGUCGGCAGAUGCAAUAACAUUAUCAAGCAUUGGGGAGAUUAUGAAGACUGCAAACAUAGCAAUUAAAAAACCGGACGCAUUCUCGCCAAAGUUUAUUAAUUCUGUAUUUGAAAUGCUUGACAAACUUCAAAAUGAUGAUGCGAAUUUAAUCCCCAAAUUAUCAUUUAUAAAUAAAUGUUUUAAUAUCGUUUCCCUGGAUUCACCGGCGAGAUUGGAGCUCUAUAGAAAUAUUUUCUCGAAAGAUCCUCUGCCCACGAUAAGUACGUCUAUCAUUGGCAUGAUUUUUGGACAAGAGGAAACGAUAAAUCCCGGAUCAUUUGUAGCAAUGAUUAAAAAUCCCAAAAAAGCUUUAUCUCAAUCUUCACGAUUAAGGGUAAUCACUGAUAGCUUAAGCAAUCAAAGUCUCGAUUCUCCUAUGCCAACAUUAUGCUGUGAUAUUCUUCAAAAAUCUUUCUUUUCAAAAUUAUCUUUACAAGAGUUGGCGGAUAUUUAUCAGUAUUCUGCGGAGGCUUUAAAUGAUGCGAAAGAAGUGAUGUUACAAAAGAUUUGUGCAAUCGCUUGCCUCAAAGAAUUUGCUCAGAAAUUCUGGGAUCACUCUAUUCAGGAAGCAGUAUUGCAACCAAUACAAUUUGAUGAACUGAGAAUCGGAGACCUUGACACUACAGAAUUAAUUACCAAGGUUAAUGAUAGUAUGAAUUUGACAUUCCCAUUGAUUCAUUCAUUCAAAAUUUAUUUUCUGAGAGUUUUACGACACCGGGGAAUGUCCAUGAGUGAGGUUCGCCGUUUUUGUGAUGCGCAGCAACAAAAUUUACCAUGGCUUCAGGAAUUACCUUGGAAUAAAAUUAAAGAAAUUCAAUUGCCUUUUAACCCGUACUGGGCACUUGAGCAGUAUAUCGAAAUUGAAAAAAGCUUCACGACUCUUUACGGAAUGGACAACAAAGGAUCUUUCAAUUCAAUAUUUGCAUCUUUGAAGAAGAAGGAAGCGUCUCAAGUGUCUUUUUCGUCGAUAGCCUUGAUGGGAUUGAUAUUUAGUCGACUUCAUGUAGUCCGAGCUUCACGUGAAUGGGACACGGCCGAAAAACGGUCAGCGGAAUUUUUGCGUCAAAAAAUUGAUCAGAGUGCACUAUCAGAUAUUUAUAAACAAAUAAUUACAAAACUCGUAAAAAAUGAACACGAAUUGCUUCACCUCAGUCCAACCACAACAAACUCGGAAUUGCUUUUAAAAUCUGUAAUUUGCCAUGUUAUAGCUUUGCACGCGUCGUCAUCGGCCGGCACCUCUCCGCUUGCAUAUAUGUUUCACAAUUUAGAUAAAUGCUCGAAAAUGUUUAUUCCUACUUGCUCCUCGGAUGUCGAAUCGGUGAUAAUUAACGCUGUGAUUCAGAGCGGUCAGGUAACAAGAUAUUCUUGUUCAUGCGGAUUCAAAUACGUAAUCGCAAAUUGCGGGAUGGCAAAUGGACGCGGCAAAUGCCCGGAAUGUAAAGCCACGAUUGGAGGAGAAAACCACGUGAUUUCUAGAGGACAAAUAAAACUCGAUGCGAAUCCAAUUAAUCGAGCUUUAGCCGCCAGGGAUCAACCUGGAUAUAUUAGCGAAACAAAUAAUAAUGGUCUAAAUAAUUGUUUGCGAUCUUUAAAUCCCGCUUCAUACCGAAUUUUGCAUCUAUUUAUUCAUGCCAUUAUCGGGGCUUGUGGGACAUCGCCGGUUACUACAAAUUUCUUAAAACAUGACAAUGAGACCGACGUGUCAGAAUAUUGCAUGGCGCAUAUCAAAAGUGAUUGGUUUGUGUUGCAGAGAAUUUUUAAUAUCUCUGAUGAAGACCUGGCAUUGCUGUUACAUUCUAUUCUUUGUAUGAUGACUGAAGUUCCACCUAUGAGUUCGACGUUGAAUAGUAGUGCGGAACGAGAAGAGUGGGAAAAAAAUUUUUCAUCAAGUUAUGUGGAACCCUCUACAAAGAAUAGCACAGAGACGGCCAAAAAUUUCUUGAUGGAAAUAACCAAAGCAGCAGCAGAUUCUCAAGAAAGUGUCGACAUCGUAGAAGGAGAAGUCAACCAAAUACUAAAAAUGGAUAAGCAAUACAAUGUGCGACAUUUGCCGAAGUUGUGGAGAAUGAUUGAUGACGUUGGCUUUGACAGUUUUCGGGCCUUUUAUUCAGGAGACCUGACAAAUAAUGUUGAAAACUACCCGCUCCUCUCGGUAUUCUUUAAAUAUGAACAACAAUUACCACAUGUUCGACAUUUGAUUCCGAUAAUCAAAUUUUUAAGAAUUCUAAAAUCAAAACUCGAGUACAAAUUAAAUCGAUCUGAAGCUCAAGAACUUACUUUUCAAGGUUUUAUUGAAUCGGUAGAUGAAGAGUCGACGGAAGCUAGCAAUAAUUUGAAACUGGCGUUUGAUGAUUUUGCACAUGCUUGGAAUUCGGUGAUCGAUCUUGUUCAGAAUUAUCAAUGUCAUGAACUUCCAUCGAAACCUCGAAUUUCGAUUGAAUCUCCUGUGGCAUUCGGAUUGAUCGAGCCAAAAGAUGCCGGUGUUUAUAUUUGCGCAAUUCUUGAGCACUUGAUAGGCAUACAAAAUAACUUCUUACAAGAGGUAUCGGCCAUAAAUCCAGGAAAAUUUGCAUCCCUUGUGUUUCUUAAAGACAUGUCAUUUUAUGGUAAUGACACCGGUUCGGCCUCUUCGUCAAAAACAAUUCAAACAAGCCAAUAUUGCAUUCACGCGAUGCGAGUUGAACAGAUACAACCUAACAAUAUUAUUAGUUUUCAAUGGGACGAUGAUAUCCUUCAAUAUAGCCAGAGAAAUCUGGAAGCUGGCAGAGGAUUGGAUGUUAAAUUUAACUUGCAGAAAAUUGAGUCUGAUCUUGCACAUUUUCUGGUCUUUGAAAAAGUUCAUAUCGAUACAGUUAACGAUUCUCAAUUAUACAUGGAGCCAUUUGCAUAUCACAUGGAAUUGUUCCAAGGAAGCAUAAGAAUUCUAGGAGAAAUCAAAGAAAUGAUUCCACAACAAAAAAUUUCUGCCGAGAAAAUAGAUCUCAUACUUGGAUCUGCCAUAUCCUUGACAGUUAAUUCGUCAGGUUAUCAGUAUCUGACAUUUGAUAAUGCAUCGGAAUUGCUUUCAUCCCUGGAAAUUUUACUUUGUUUUGUCAAAAAGACAUCAAUAGGGGAUGGUGAAAUUUCCAUCAAUGAAUAUGUCAGCCAGUGGAUGAAGCUUUCCAGCCUGCUAGAUAACGAAUCAUUUAGUAACCUAUUAAAUGCAGGAUUAAAAUUAAAACACCUGGUGGCAUUAUAUGAGCUGGCGGAGGAGCAAGUAGCGAAUGGUGUGAUCAAAUAUAUAAACGAUAAAUAUAAGGAGCCUUUAACAUCGGAGCUGGAACAAGAGAUCACGUUGGCAUUAGAUUUUCAAUUUGUACGUCAAGAGGAAAAUGAAGAUCCUUUGUCUCAGAAUAAUAGCAACGAACAAAAAAGAAUUCCAGCAGAAUAUUUUGUGUCAGCAUUAAAAAGAUUUAUGCUUAGAUUUCUCAAUGAUUAUUCUGGCAAGGAGACAGAACCAUUAUCAAUUUACUUUACAGAUAUGACCUUGAAUUUAUGGUCUCCAGAUGUUCAGGAAGAAACAGUAGAUAAUUUCUUCCCAACUAGUUUGCUAGUGGCGCAUAUAUAUGAAGCAUACACGUUUGUAAAUGAUAAACUUGAGUUGAUAAUUAAGCAAACACCGAUAGUUACAAAACCUAAGGCAAUUGCGGCUCCAAAGGUGACAAAAAUUGUGACUGCUGGAAAGAAACUUCCAAGUAAUAAAGGAAAAUCUGUCACCUCUCCCACAACCAAGAAACCUUUGAUAAAAUCUACAUUAUCAACUGGUGCUAAAAAUAGGACGGUCGGUGAAUCAAGCAAAAGUGCAAGUUCGCCUACUGCGGUUAGAAGUCCCAUGUCGCCAUCUUCACCAACGCUGAGAAGAAAGUUUAAUGAAAAAUAA